AUGGCCAUCAUCACAGGACCGAGCACCGUUCAGUCGGAGCAUUUGGCCCUGACUGCAGCAGGCAUGAUAGGCCAAUCAGAGCAAGCGGCACCGAUCGCAGGCCAUAGCUCCGGCCCAUCGGAGCGGAUGGUCGCCCGCUUCGUCGCCGAGCCAGGAUACUGGUCCGCGUUCGUUGACAUUAGCAAGCGUGUGGAGGGACUGCCAGAGGCGUUGGACGAUGACGCUCGUUCUUCUUCGUCUGAAUCCUCCUCGGACGAAGAAGGCGUCGGUCCUUCCCGGAGGGCGGUUGCGGCACCAAUGGACCCUGAGUUCUUAAAAACAAUGACCAUCAGCAAUGAAUUCCGCUCUGUUCCAGGCCUAGGGGAGGCGAGUCUGCAGGUUGGGCAAACUUUCCCAGACAAGGACUCGGCUGACCAAGCAAUCAAGUGGUAUGCGUUGGCCAUAUCUCGGCAACACAGAGUGAAGCAGUCUGAUCGAAGGCAGCUGAAAGUCAUAUGCGUCAAAUUGAAUGAGGAGGGUUGUAGGGGGAGAGUUAUCGCUCGGGUGAGCCCUGGGGUAUGUCAGCCAUGGCAUAUCUCAAAAAUAGAACCCCAUAGCUGCGAGCAAUUGGGGGCUCUCGACAAGCACCGCAACGUCACUGCAAAAUAUGUAUCACAUAUCAUGCAAGUGGCGGUGGAAGAAGAUAUAACCCUUGGUACAAAGAAGCUGCAAAAAACCGCAGAAGAUCUGAUUGGCUUCCCUAUCAGCUUUAGUAAGGCAAGGCGGGCGAAGGAGGAGAUUUUCCAGAUAUUGUAUGGCACCUAUGAGGAGGCAUAUGAUCUUGUCCCGAGACUACUCCAUCAGAUAGCAGCAACAAACCAGGGGACAAAAGUGGUCAGGAGAGUUCGGCAACACCCUCUGGAGGAAAACCAAGAAAUCCUUGAUCGUUUAUUCUGGGCAUUCCCCCAGACUAUAUGUGCAUUCCAUCACUGCCGCCCGGUGCUGUCAAUAGAUGGUACCUUUCUCACAGGAAAGUACAAUGGCACACUCUUGGUGGCGAUCGCAGCUGACGCAAAUAAUCAGCUCUUGCCUAUUGCCUAUGCACUUGUCGAGAGUGAAAACAAAGAUAGCUGGUUAUGGUUCCUCAGCUGCUUGAAGAUGGGAGUCGUGAUAGAUCGGCCCGAUGUUUGCAUCAUAUCAGAUCGCAACACAGGCCUUUUGAGCGCUCUCGAAAUAAUUAAGAAUUCAUCGGACCCUCUCUGGGGGUGGCCCGACCUGGAGACAAGGUGGUGCAUGAGGCACCUGGCUGCCAAUUUUUACUCAAAGUUCAAGAACAAGGACUGGUUCAAGCUAUUUAAGAGGAUGUGCAUGCAGCGUGGCCAUUUUCCAGUCUUGUCGACGCGUUCUUCUGCUGCCUGCGCCUCAGCAGCCCUUUCUCUUAAUCUCUUCCUUUCCGCUUCACGGGCCCCCCUGCGCACCUCUUCCUGCAUACCUACGUGCAGCCUCAUCAUCCAUCCGCUUCUGAUUUACCUCGCGAUUUCGAGCUUGCUCUGCCCUUAA